AUGCUCGCUCCAGUGGGCUCCAGCGCGCCUGCGGCGUCGCCUCGGCCGCCGGGUGGAGGCAGCGAGGCGUUGAUGCCGACGGCGGGGGAGGGCGAGGAGAUGGUGACGCUGCUGGAGGACGGCCGCCAGGAGGCGGACGAGGAGCGCGGCCGCGUUUCCACGCAGCGUCACUCCGGCGGCAAGGAGCGCGCGGAGAAGCACGAGAAGCGGCGGAGCCGCGGUGGCGGGGCGCACGGCGGGUGCUCGCAGGAUGGGUGGAACGUGCGGGAGAACUUCUGGUGGCUGUGGGGGGGCUCGCCGCACGCGGGGCUGCUGUGCAUGCUCACGUCCGCGCUGCUCUUCAGCUUCAUGGGCCUGCUCGUCAAACUCCUCUCAGUGCACGCGAUCCCGUCAUUUGAGACGGUGUUUGUGCGGUGCGCUGUGAUAGCGGCGCUCUCCGCCCUGUGCCUGCACCGCAUUGGCCACCCGCUGCUCGGCGCGCCCACGCUGCGCCUGCUGCUGCUCGCACGUGCUGUGCUUGGCUUCAUCGCCCUCUCUGCUUUCUUCUACAGCAUCCAGGUGUUGCCGCUGAGGGACGCCACGCUGAUCAGCUUCACGCUGCCAGUGUUCACGGCCAUCAUCGCCAGUGUCUUCCUCGACGAGAAGUUCACCUCCAGAGAAAUCGCAGGCUCUGCGUGCUGUCUUCUGGGCGUGCUCAUGGUUACCCAGCCCCCCAUUGUGUUCGGAGGCCCACUGACACAGCAGGACGACCCAUCGCAGCGCCAUGAGAGUCUGGUGGGGGUGCUGGUGGCGCUGCUGGCAGCGCUGGUGGGGGCCGUGGCUCUGUGCCUCGUGCGCAGCAUCGGCAAGGCAGGGGAGCAACCACUGGCGGUUGUCUUCGUCUUUGCAGCCUUCUCCUGCCCAGCGUCCUUCAUUUGUCUCCUUCUUUUCCAGGGGUUUGUGAUGCCAUCAGCAUCGGAGCUGGUGGGCAUGCUGCUUGUGGGUGUCACCGCCUUCGCCGCUCAGGUACUACUCACACGUGGGCUGCAGCUGGAGAAGGCAGGCAGGGCGUCAGCAAUGCAGUAUAUCAAGGUGGUGGGCACAUUCUUCCUGGGGCUGCUCUUCCUGUCGGAGCGCCUCUCCCUCAAGAGUGCAGCGGGCACCGUGCUCAUCUGUGCCGCCACCGCAUUCAUCGCUGUGGGCGACCGGGAUGGCAGGGCUGACGAACGCGCUUGA